AUGCCGGGUCUUAUUGGUAUUGGUGAAUUUAUUGACGAAACUCGAGAGGAUUACAGUUCGCCAACUACUUCGACAUUCGUAUCGCGUAUGCCACAAUGCAAACAGACCAUUAACGCAUUGGAGGAGACCCUGGAUUUUGAUCGCGAUGGACUAACAAAGCUCAAAAAAGCAAUAAAAGCCAUACACAACUCAGGGAAUGCCCACGUGGAUAAUGAGAUGUACCUCUCCCGGGCGUUGGAGCGUCUCGGAGGAAACGCGCUCAGCAAAGAUUCGGAACCCGACAUUGGAGCCGCUUUCUUCAAAUUUGCGGUCGUCACCAAAGAACUUUCAGCACUCAUGAAGACACUGAUGCAAAAUAUAAACAAUAUAGUGAUGUUCCCUGUGGAUAGUCUCUUGAAGGGUGAUCUCAGAGGUGUGAAGGGUGACUUGAAGAGACCAUUCGAUAAGGCAUCCAAAGACUACGAGUCAAAGUACCUGAAGAUUGAGAAGGAAAAGAAGUCACAAGCUAAGGAAGCUGGCCUCAUAAGGAGUGAAGUUACAUCGGCUGAGAUAGCUGAUGAGAUGGAGAAAGAACGAAGACUGUUCCAGUUGCAAAUGUGUGAGUACCUGAUAAAGUUUAAUGAAAUAAAAACGAAGAAAGGCAUAGAACUGCUUCAGCACCUGGUGGAGUACUAUCACGCACAAACUAAUUAUUUCCAAGAUGGUUUAAAAACUAUCGAACACUUCGGUGUGUACGUAGCCGAUCUCAGUGUUCAGUUGCAGAAGAUAAGACAGCAGCAAGACGACGAGCGAAGAAGAUUAUUGGAGUUGAGGAAUAUGUUGAGAGCAGCUACACCGCAAGAUAGAGAAGCGGCGGCUGCAGUGGGCGGAUAUUCACUUCACCAAUUACAAGGCGACAAACAGCAUGGAGUAACACGGAGCGGUUACCUUCUUAAAAAGUCGGAAGGUAAAGUCCGAAGGGUCUGGCAAAAGAGAAGAUGCAGAGUCACGGCUGAGGGUUUCUUGGACAUAUUCCACGCUGACGAGAAUAAAACUCCGGCCAGGGUCAAUCUGCUUACGUGCCAGAUAAAAGUGGCCUCUGAGGAUAAAAGGGCGUUUGAUCUAGUCUCAUAUAAUCGUACGUACCAUUUCCAAGCUGAAGAUGAGAACGAACAGCGAACUUGGACAUCUGUUCUCGUGAAUUGUAAGGAGGGAGCUUUGAUGAGGGCUUUCCACCAGCAAGCUGGCGAGAGUAAUGACAAUGGACACUCUUUACUCGAUCUUCAGAGAUCAAUCAUAAGAGCAGUCAGAGCUAUGCCAGGAAACCAAGUCUGCGCUGACUGCGGCUCAACUAAUGAUCCCACGUGGUUGUCAACGAACUUCGGUGUGAUAGUAUGUAUAGAAUGUUCUGGAAGUCAUCGCGAACUCGGCGUGCAUAUAUCAAGGAUACAAUCUCUAACACUGGAUAGACUGAGUACUUCACAGCUAUUGAUAGCGAGAAAUAUGGGCAAUCAGAUGUUCAAUGAAGUCAUGGAAAAUACAUUGGAUGAACGAGAUAAACUCACGCCAGAAAGCACUAUGGAGGAGAGACUAAGGUUUAUAAGGGAAAAGUACGUGUAUAGAGCGUGGGCUGAGAGGACUUGUAGAGAUGAAACAGAAAGGCUGUCGGAAGUAGAACACGCUGUUAAUAACGGACAUUUACAGAACUUACUCCAGGCUUACGCUGAAGGGGCUGACUUGACCUCAACUUUGCCUGGUUCGGAUUGCGGUGAAACAGCACUCCAUCUAGCGAUAUCUCGAGAAAUCGGCGAUGGUUCUGGUCUACAUAUAGUGGAUUUUCUCAUACAGAACGGCGGUUCAUUAUUGGAUAAGACCACAUUAUCUGGUAUGACGGCCCUACACCUCUGUGCGGCAACAGAUAGGGCGGAGGCAAUGAAAUUGCUGCUGAAGGCCGGCGCUGAUACCACGCUGAAAGAUAUCAAUGGAAGAACAGCUCUAUACAUCGCAAGACAACUUGGACAUCACGCGUGUACGGAAUUGUUGGAGAGCGUUGAUAAAAGGGAAAAGAGUAUAUUCGAGAAUAUUAAUAUUGAUUGGAAUUUGUCACACGACGAUGGCUCCACAGACUUCUCUGACGAUGACACUGUCAUCGAUGAAAGGCAAAACGGCAGCGUUACUCCAGAGAAAAAGUGUCCACGUUCCCGGCCGCCGUCAUACGCUGGUACGUGUGGGGGCGACUCCCCUGUACUACGAUCAAGAUCCUCAACCUGCGACUCCCUCCACCACGCACCGCCAACCCCUACCACGCUUCCGCGAAAACCCAAUUAUAAUAUAGGCAGUUUAAAAAAGCGUGUCGCCCCCCUCCCCCCCGCGGUGUCCGUGUCUCACCCCCCCUCGCUGGCUGCUCUGCCAUCACACGCCAGAUCCACACCAUCGCCAUCCGCUGACAACACCAGGUCCAUACAUGGUAGUGGUCCAGUCCCGGCAGUGAAGCCGCGACCUCAACAACCACCUCCCACGCCGCCACCCGUCACACUGCACAAUGGAGCUCAUAGAGACGAACCCACACCUCCACCCAGAAAGAAGAAAAAUAGAUUGCACCUGGAAAAUGCUGUGAAAGGAAAACUUAAAAGGGAAUGUUCUAGUCAAGAUUCAUCGUUGGAGUUAUGUGAUAUAUCAGACGGUUUGGACGACAGUCGGCUCCAGUGUCUGUCGGACAGUUCUAGAUCUCGUGAGAGAACGAGACGCAGCGACAGAUCUCUAGAUGUAUCAGACACUUCCAGUCUUCAUUCGAGGUCGCCUUCCACUUCUAUAACUAUGUUUCAGAUGGGUGGAGGUAUGAGGAGGUGCCGAGCGUUGUACGACUGUUCAGCUGACAAUGAGGACGAGCUGUCGUUCAGGGAGGGCGAGGUCAUAGUCGUCAUCAACGAACGAACCGAAGACGACAACUGGAUGGAGGGACAGGUCGAGGGGACCAGCCGCCGCGGCAUGUUCCCCGUCUCUUUCGUACACAUGCUGCCUGAUUAG